AUGGCGGCUCCAAUGGGUACAACGACCAAGCAACCCACCUCUAAUCAAGGUCAUCUACAGUCUUUGAUUGCCAAGAUCCGUAAAGAAGUCCGACGACCGACACAGAUAGAGAUCUCAUAUGCAAACAAUUUCACUCAGGCUGUCGAAAAGGAAGCUUGGAAAGAGUCUCAGGAAGUUCGCAACAGCAUGUUGGGCGUCGCUCAAGAUGCUCGGAGGAUGUUUGGCCUUCGACCGUUCGACAUGUCGUUAAAUGUGGAGAAUGAAGCCGAUGGCAAAGAAAUGGUUCUGCGAAACGGCGGGAAGCGAUCAGCUUCCACUGCACCAGCACCUAAUGCAUCAAAACGGCAACAGCGCGAGCCGAUUCGACCACCGCCACCACCAACUUCUGGGAAGAUAGAUCAGAAAUCUGAGGCUCUAGAUCAAUCCGGUCGUGUCCGUCACAUUAAAGAGGAAAACACCGUCACUAACUCCCAAAAUGGUCCACACGGCCAUGGUCAUUCUCAGUCAAUCGAGGCUCCAUUCGCCACCAGCUUCCUCACCAACAGCGCGCCAAUCUACAACCAAAACAUCAACAGCGGGUCUGGUCAGCAGAAUAUCAACGUCUAUGGCGUAUUCGAACCUCCGCCACCACCAGCUACCGGCGCCGCUCCAACUGAGUACGAGAUCCCUACCGAGCCAGAGCAUCGCCUAAACCGAGACCCUGGACAGCAAAAGCUCUCGAUCAAUGAUACUGUUACCAACAAGACGGCCGGCGAUGGUAACCCCGGCGGUCACAAGCAGACGUUGAAGGGUCCACAUGGCAAUACGCACAUGCGCAUGACAGCGCCGGUGUACAAUCAGAACGUCAACACCGGGAGUGGACAGCAGAACAUCGACGUCAUCGGAAAGAUGGACUUUGAGAAAAAGGAUCGCAAAGAGCGACCGCGUCAAGGCCCUAUAGUCGCAGUCGCGCAGUCUGCAAACCCACAGCCACAGCGGCGCGACGAUCAGGGAACAGUCCAUAUUACCGGCCGACUUCGCCUCAAGGCCUUGCAGUUGCAACCGGGCAGAACGCAAUUCCACUACCACAGCGACGCGACAAUGAAGCACCUCGUAGUCCAUUCUAUCGACCAGCUUCGUCUCACUAUCGACCAACCUCGCCUCAGUAUGGAUCAACUUCGCCUGAGUAUCGACCAACCUCGCCGCAGUACUCGUAUGGACCAACUUCGCUUCACCGUCGAUCUCGCUCACCUCGCCGCCGCGUCGCCCCGCGUAGUGACAGUGGCGCAAUGGAUGAGUACCGGGAUCGUUCGUACGGGAGGGGUGAUGGUCUUCCAUAUGAGGAUGCUCCGUAUGAUUCAGAAGAUGACUGGUCGAGACCAGAUGGUGUGGAUCGUUCUGGUCCAAGAACUCCGCGUCGCGGACGCUGAGAUGAGUGGUAUGAUGGCCGAUGACGAUGAGUCCAAAAGGAAAGAUCGCGGCCAGGCAUUUUCAUGA